AUGUUUCAAGCACAUAUCAGCGUAGAAUCUUGCAGUUCUGUCAAGUCAAUUAAAUAUGUGUGUAAAUAUAUUAAUAAAGGGAGUGAUAUGGCUGUCUUUGGAGUAACUAAUGAAAAUCAACAUGAUGAAAUUUUCAGAUAUCAAAUGGGACGAUAUAUCAAAAGUCAUAAGUGGAAUUUACAGUCUGCAUUGUCUGCAUAUUAUAUUUUGAAAGGAAUAACUGUUUCUCCUGAAAUAUCAAUAACAAAUGAUAAAAGAAAAAAUUCAACAUCUCGAUCACCAAAUCAGAGUCCAAAAAAUCAAUGUUCUUCUCCUGGUAAAUCUACUUCUCCAGCCAAUUAUCUUCAAAUUCCAAAAUCUCCAGAAAGAGAAGUAACUACUGAAGGAUCAACAAAACGAUUAUCUCGUGGAAUUUCUCGAGCUACAGAUAAUGUUAAUCUUGUAUCAAAAGCAAGAAGUGAGUUUGCUCAAGAUUUCAGGAGUUCAGGCAGAAGCAGUAGUCAGUCACAGAUUAGAUUAGAAACACCCGUUUAUACUUUUACACUGCCAGAUUUAUCAAUAUAUCCAGAAGAUUUUAGAGCAUUUCUUGAACGUGAUUUAAUUGAAACUUCUACUCUUGUAUCUCUAGAACAAGCCGGCAGAUUAAAUUGGUGGGCAGAUAGAGGACUGUGUCAGAGGCUUUGGCCUUUAGCAACAACUGGAGAUGGAAAUUGUCUCUUACAUGCAGCAUCAUUAGGUAUGUGGGGAUUUCACGAUCGUCUUUUAACAUUACGUAAGGCAUUGCACAGCAUACUUUCAAACAGUGCUUUCACUCAGGCAUUUUAUCGGAGAUGGAGAUGGCAAACUUCCCUUCAAAACAAAGAAGCAGGACUUGUUUAUUGUGAAGAAGAAUGGAGUAGAGAAUGGCAAAGUUUAUUGAAGUUAGCAUCUACAGAACCUCGUUUACAUCCAUAUCAAAAAUUAAGUGGAUUGGAAAAAAGUGAAACAAGUAGUGGAAGAGAGACAUUGGAAUCUGUCCCAGAGAACAAAGGACAAAGUGAUGUUUAUGAAAGUCUUGAAGAAAUUCAUGUUUUAGCUUUGGCACAUGUAUUGAAACGGCCUAUUAUAGUUAUUGCCGACACAAUGUUAAAAGAUGCUACUGGUCAACCAUUUGCUCCAAUUCCUUUUGGUGGUAUCUAUCUUCCUCUCGAAUGCCCACUUAUUGAAUGUCAUAGAUCACCACUCUGCUUGACUUAUGAUGCUGCACAUUUUUCAGCUUUAGUUGCUAUGGACAUGGAAGGUUUUGUAGAUAAAACUCCACAUCUUCCUGCUGCAAUUCCUUUGGUAGAUCCUGAAAAUAAAAUUCUUCCAAUCCAAUUUGCAGUAGAUCCAGGUCCAGAUGUUAGAUGGAAUCAUGAUGAAAAUGAUUUCUUAAUAACAUCUAAUUUACAACUCACCAAUAAAGAAAAAUUAUCAUUAUUAAAUGAUUAUUUAGAUUUAUCAGAAAUUCCUUUACCAAUUUUGGAAAGGCAAGAUUCAUUUGAUUCAACACCAGAUUUUAUUAAUGGUAUUAAUGAAGAAGUAAGAUCAACAGCUGACAGUUUUGAUUCUGAUGAUAGUAUAGCAGAUACAGCAUCUGCUUCAUCUACAGGAAGUUUACCUAGUCAACAAAAGAGUAAAGCUGCAAAACAAAUUCAAACUGUUGCCAAACAAUUUGGAAGUAUUGGUAAAACAAUGAGUAAAAAAUUGAAGAAAAAUUUUGGUAGUUUGACUCGAAAAUCCGGUUCAUUUAAAGGUGAAUCAGAUUCAUUUAAACAAACAAUGGAAGGACUUAAAAAGAGAAGACCAAAGGAAUCUCCAAGUAAAUUAACAAUCACAGAUGUGAUUUCAGAUCAAAUUCUGGUUGCUUCUCUUCAUACAGAAAAAAGGCAUGAAUAUCAGGAAGAAAUGAUAAAAAAUUAUCUAAUAUCAGCUCGUUCACGAUUUAAUAAAGAAAAAGAAUCUAAAUAUAAAUAUCAGGGUAAAGAAUCGAAACAAAAGGAAAAGUUAACUUAUUGUAUAAAUCCUGGAUGUACUAUGUUUGGUACAUCAGCAACAAGCUAUUUAUGUUCUUCUUGUUAUUCUAAACAGAAACAACAAGAAGUGGAAAUGGAAGGUAAGAGAAAAUAUUCACCAGUACAUAAGUUAUUACAUAAAGACAAUUGUAUAGAUGAUGAUAGCACAAUACUUAGAUCACCUGGAAAGUUCAAUCACAUAGGUAUAUUAAAGAAAAGUCAGUCAGAAUAUAGUCCAAAACGAGGCAUGCAUGCUGCAUAUUCUCAAAUUCCCAUUGCUAGUACUUCUAAUUCAGAACAUAAAGUAGAAAUAUCUCCUGAUAAUUGUGAUGACACGAUUAAAGUUUAAACUGCCAAAUUUUCAAUUUUUAGUCAACCAUUCAAAUGGAUGAUUGACUAUGAUUUGUAUGGUGCAAUGUGCCACUCAUAAUUGAAUUUCAUGGAUAAUUAUCAGUGUUGUGAUUUCUCGUGGAUUAGCAAAAACUGAAAGUACUACCAGAUCUACAUCUUGUAUCCUAAAACAUAUAUUAAAUUUUGCAAUGUACAUUUUAAAUACUGUAUUCCAUUUUAUAAAUACCAGGCUUUAUCCACUGCCCAGCAGCCUUGUGUUUUGAAAAAAAUAAUAAUACUAUAAAUAAAUGGCUGUUAAUGUGUGA